UUGAUAAUUUCAUGGGUCCUUCCAAGAACCCCUUCUCUAACUUCCUUCUUUAUAAUAAUGUUACUCCAUAACCAAACCAAAUAUCAUUUCAUCAUUUCCCAUCUCCUUCCCCAAAAUCAGAGUCUCCCCAUCCCCAUGGGCAACCUCUGCGCCACUCCCGUCGAUACCCACACCCCUCCCCCCACUAUUCCUUCCUCCCCAGUGUGUUCUCAUCGACAUGCUUGGACGCAGCCGCAGAAUCUUAGAGUUUACAGUCUGACGGAGCUGAAAACGGCCACCAAGAAUUUCCGGCCGGAUACUAUGCUGGGCGAGGGGGGAUUUGGAAGGGUUUUUAAAGGAUGGGUUGAUGAGGCCACUUAUGCUCCGUCUAAGGUCGGCGUCGGAAUUCCUGUCGCCGUUAAAAAGUCAAACCCCGACAGCUCUCAGGGUCUACGCGAAUGGAAGGCAGAAGUGGAAUUUUUGGGGAAAUUCAGCCAUCCCAAUGUGGUGAGAUUGAUCGGAUAUUGUUGGGAAGAAAAGCAAUUUCUUCUCGUCUAUGAAUACAUGCAAAAGGGUAGUUUGGAAAACCACUUAUUCCGAAAAGGUGUAGAACCUCUAUCAUGGGAAACACGAAUUAAAAUAGCCACCGGGGCGGCUUGUGGUCUAACGUUCCUCCAUACGUCUGAGAAGAGCGUUAUUUAUCGAGAUUUUAAGGCCUCAAACAUUCUUCUAGACGGGAAUUUUAAUCCGAAAUUGUCAGAUUUUGGGCUGGCAAAACUAGGCCCAUCCAAUGGUAACUCCCACGUAAGCACAAAUCCAGUUGGCACCUACGGGUACGCUGCCCCCGAGUACAUUGCAACCGGACAUUUGUAUAUAAAAAGUGACGUGUAUGGGUUCGGCGUGGUUCUCCUGGAGCUCUUGACGGGACUACGGGCAGUGGACCCAAACCGGCCGAGUGGUUCACACAACUUAGUGGGUUGGGCGGAGCCAUCACUGAGCAGCAAGAAGAAGGUCAAGAAACUAAUAGACCCAAGGCUUGGGGACGACUACUCGCCCAAAGGAGCCUGGGCCACAGCCGAACUGAUCUUAAAAUGUUUGGAAUCGGACCCAAGGAAACGGCCCUCCAUGGAAGAAGUUUUGGUCAUUCUAGAAAAAGUUAGUUCUUUUAAAGACAGGCCCAAGGACCCCAAAUCACGGGCUAGGACGCCCAGCCAUUAUUGACUUGUGGGCUCGCUCCUCCAACCACUCAAACCCCAAUGUUAUUCUAAUUGAAGGCUCAUUUAGACUGAUAUUCACUCUUAUGUGGAUUUGGCUCAUUUUAAGUGGUUAUUAUGUAUUAUUAUUUA